AUGCACAAGAAACCGUGCUUCAGCUUCCAACGCGGUGGAACAUGUCGUUUCGGAGAUUCGUGUCGGUAUGCCCACGUGCAGUCGCCUGACGACGCCACGCACGCGUCGGUACGUCGAGAAGCGAUCAACCCAUCCUUCGAUCGGCGCCAAAAAGCUGACACGAGUUCAGAGCCUGUUGCCCUGGCGCCGCCUUUCUCGCUUUCGGCUUUCAAAGCUCAGUUAGCCGAGAAAUUGGCUUCCAGUACGUUCUUUUCCGGUCAUUCCGAUACAUUGGUGUGUUUCUGGCCCGGCGCGAGUCGGUUGGAAGUACUCUGGAAAGGGUUUUUGAUGCCUCGUAGCGCCAGCGACUCGUGGCCCAUGAACAGUCAAACGCAGGCACUGAACUUUAUCAACUCGGGACUGUAUGCGCUAACGAACGACAGGAUCGCUCCGCAGUUUGUGAGGGAGUUUGGCAAGACCGAGGGUCGAGGUGUGCAAGUGAUUCAAGAUCUGCUUGAUCUCACGUACUCGAACGAUGCUGGUCGACGUCGCGAUGUCGUGUCUUUUCAACGAGGAUUAGUUCCCUUCGUAACCAUGCUAACCAUGCGACGCAUGGAAAUGGUCAGUCAGCACAUGCGUGAAGCCAAUCACGUGUACGCCUUUGUGCGAACGGCUCACGUGCAGCUCUUUGAUCUCUAUCUGGAUCAUCUCGAGCACAUGGUGGAGCGCCAUAGUAUUGACGAUAAUGUGAUGUCGCAUGAGACUUUCCUCGAAGAGUCAGAUGGUCAACGAUACGCACCACUGUGUUUCACACAAGUGUGUCUCCCGCUCAUCCGUCUGCUGUAUCUCUUGGGCAGCAAGUUCAAAGACUUUAUGUAUGAAGAUGCUUUUCAAGAGACGGUCGAGUGCGUCGAUGCGCUCACCACCACGUGGAAAGAGAACAGUCAACGUGGCGACGCUGCGCUCGACUCGAUGUUGUGCUUUAAGGUGAUGAAAGAGGAAGUUGCACGACUGCACAAGAUGAUUCGACGCGGUGAACGUGACAUGCUCGCGGGCGCAGCGUAUGCAGAGACAGAGCAAACGAAUUAUGGACCAGAGCCUGGACCAUGGGACGUGCUCGAUGCCGGCGAGCCCGGGGAAGCUGUGUUGGCAGACGGAAGCGUCGGGCCACGACACGAUAAUGACCAUCGUGACUUUCGUGACAUUCAACUACUACCGACGACAGAGGAAUGCCUGACACGUGAGCCACCGCUACUGCCUGGGAACUUUCCAUUUCACGAAAAUGCUCAUUGGUUGCCUCCUGGGCCAGAACGCUGGGUGGACACGCACUUUCGACUGUAUCGAGAAGACUUUUGCGGUACGAUCCGGUCGAGCUUACAGGACCUUUAUCAUCGGCUGGCUGCGGAUGGCGGACACCUUGUUGCCGGUCGUCUAAGAGGCGCUGACGUGGAUUACAACGUGUACCCGAUCACUGGAACUGCAAUGCCAUUGAAGCAUACGGACAGUCGCGGUGAGCGCGACAGUAGUUGCCGCAUUGAGCGCCAUGGACUUUGCAUCGACGUUCAGUUUCAGCAACUAUCCGCUGCAAAGCUGACUGGCCGAACGAGGCUGCCGCGGAAAGCUGCGAACGAUGAUGCGACGAGCCGACGAGAGCUCUGGGAGAAGACGGGUCGACUGCCAUACAAAGGGAUGGUCGCACUCGUCACAUAUACCAAUGGUGACAUGCAAGUCAUUUUUUGCCAAAUUGUCGAGCGUGUCGUGGAGAAGCUCGUCCAGGAUGUGGUGGAGAUCACUUUGCAGCCAUUUGAAGCCCAAGACUUUGCAACUCUCGAGCAAUGGCGGCACCUCGCAUUGUCUGGACACGAUCGAAGGCUUGGACGCUCGAACAUGCUGCUACUGGAGUUCAACAACAUUUUCUUGGCGGCGUACGAACCGGUCCUUCGUACGCUGCAAAGCCUACAGCCCGCUACCUUGCCUUUCCUGGAAUACCUAGCUCCUGAAGCCCCACCAACGCCGGGUGAAACUCAAAUGGAAUCUCCCAUGUACUGCUUGAAAGACGGCUUUGCGUUUGACCUCAGCUCGGUGUUGAAAACGCACCCGCGUGCACUGAAUGGCGGUGCUCCGCAACAACUUCGUCUGCAACCCCUUCAACGUAAUUCUCGCGACGCGUGUGAGAAUGCACUAGUUCGCUACUCGACGUUGGAGCGUGACCAGGCAAAAGCGUUGGUGGAAGCGCUGAGCAGCCGUGUAGCGUGCAUUCAAGGACUUCCAGGUAGUGGCAAGUCGUUUAUCGGGGCGAUGCUUACACGCAUCAUAUUGCAGGCGAAAGUGGCGCCCAUACUGAUCGUGUGCUUUACAAAUCACGCGCUCGACCAGUUUUUGUGUCACCUGUUGGAUGUUGGCAUCACGAGUCUCGUGCGUAUUGGAGGACAAUGCAAAGAGCCUCGUCUGGAAAAGUACAAUCUCAGGAAGAUGCCCAAAUCGUUCCAGCGCUACGAGCUCAAGCUGCUCUACGGCGAGCUGGACGAAAAGGCAGACGCCAUUGCUCUGAAGCUAAAAGAGCUGAACACUGACGCUCGUCGCCCGACGUGGAAAUCCCUCCGACCAUUUUUGGAAACCAGGUAUCCAGAUGCUUAUGAUUACAUUGUUGAGCGCAGCAACGAAUUGUUUGACGAUGACUGGAGUAUUGCCGGGUGCAGCGACAUACUGGACUAUUGGAUUCAGGGGAUGGACAUUGUUGCUCUGCACCGUCGUGACCAGAGGCGGCAAGGUGUGAAUGACCGGACGCAGAAUUUGUGGCGGUGGAGUCUGCCAAAGCGCCAAGCUGCUUUGACGGAGUGGGUCAGUGCGAUGCGUAGCGAACGUGUCGAAGAGCUCAUUGAAGCGCAAACGGCCUAUCAAGAGACGUUGACGAAGAUUGAGACUGUACGGGAUCAAGCAGAUGUCAACACGCUCAUGCGUGUUCAGAUUAUUGGAAUGACGACCACCGGCGUGGCGCAAAACCAGCGGAAGAUCGCGGCAGUAGAACCGCUAGUGGUUAUUUGCGAAGAGGCUGGCGAAGUGCUUGAGGCACAGCUCAUGGCGUGUCUAUCUCCGGCUUGCCAACAGUUCGUGCUUAUUGGUGACCAUAAACAGCUACGCCCGCACAUUUCCGAAUACAAGCUGAGUGUCGAAAGUGCUGAAGGGGAACGGUACGCACUAGACGUCUCGCUGUUUGAGCGUUUGGUCGCUCCGUCCUCGGGUCUGCCCUUUUGGAUGCUCACCGAGCAACACCGCAUGCGUCCACAAAUUUCUCAGCUCAUACGUAUGCUCUUUUACCCAAAAGUGCGCGAUGCACAGGAGACGCUGGAGUACCCACCUCUUCUCGGUCUGAACAAGAACGUGUUUUUCGUGACGCACGAUCAUCCCGAAGGGGAUACGGCUGCUGCGGUAGGCAUGCCGUCUCGUUCACAUACUAAUGAGUACGAAGUGGCGUACGUUGUUGCAACUCUCGCCUACCUCUUGCAGCAGGGAUAUCGCACGAGUGAUAUCGCCAUUGUCACUCCUUACGUUGGCCAGCUCAUCAAGUUGCGCUCUGCGCUUCGAGGAAAGUUUAUCCUCGAGCUGAACGAGCUUGAUCUAGACGAGAUCCAGCGUACGUCCGACGACGGUAAUGAUGACAGCGAAGACGACGACAUGGACGAAGGUGCUCGAGGGGAAAGCUCUACUUCGUUAGGGGUCAUCAAGAAAGAGUUGUCAGGUGCGAUUCGUGCAGCAACGAUUGAUAAUUUCCAAGGCGAGGAAGCAACAAUCAUCUUGGCAAGCCUCGUUCGAAGCAGCAACACCACCACGCACGGCCGUGGGUCCAUUGGGUUCCUCAAGACGCCGAACCGAAUCAACGUGCUGCUGUCUCGAGCGAAACAUGGGUUGAUCUUGGUCGGCCACGGCGACUUGUUGCGUGCAAAAUCGCCGCUGUGGCGCCAAGUGAUCGAUCAGCUGCAAACUGACGACUGCUAUGGUAGCGGGCUACCUCUGCAAUGCCAACGUCACCCAGGCGACUUGCGCAACGCUACGAGUCCAGGCUCAUUUGCUGAGCUUGCACCCGAUGGAGGUUGUCUCCGUCCGUGUGGAUAUCGACUUCCGAAGUGCGGACACGCGUGCCCGAAGUGCUGCCAUGUGGAUCAGCCGUCUCAUGCGGCCGUCUACUGUACGCAGCCUUGUCCACGACUCCAACCUGGCUGUGAGCAUGUGUGCCCUGGGAUUUGUGGGGAUCCGUGUGGUCGCUGCGACGUUCUUGUCGGGUCGAUAACGCUACCUUGUGGUCAUACGUAUGCCAACGCGCGGUGUUUCGAGGUCAAGAAGGCGGCAAAGCUGAAGUGUAAAAAAAUGGUCGACAAGAUUGUUCUUGAUUGUGGACAUGUUCAGCGUGUUGCUUGUAGCGCCAUGAACGUCAAGUGCACGCGGUUGUGUGGUGCCGUGCUUUCCUGCGGUCACGCUUGUUCUCGUAAGUGUAGUGAUUGUAUUGCAAAGACGCUGAUGAAUCGCGAGGACAAUGCAGAACCGGAUUACCCGAUCGUUGCGACCGAACACGGCGGGUGUCAAAAAGAGUGUGAGCGGAUGCUACCUUGUCGGCAUCGAUGCCGCGGUGUAUGCCACGGAAACUCGCCAUGCCCUCCGUGUCAGUGCGUCUGUGACGUCUUCAAAUGCGAGCAUGGCUCUUGCAAUCACCCAUGUAGCGAUCCGUGCACUGCCUGCACGGAAUCGUGCACCUGGAGCUGUGAGCACCGCGGAACGUGUGAUCUGCCUUGCGGUGCUCCUUGCAAUCGUCGGUUGUGCGAUCAACGAUGCACGCGAUUGCUCGAGUGUGGUCACCAGUGUCCAAGUGUAUGCGGCGAAGACUGCCCCACGUCAAAGUUUUGCCACGUCUGCGGCGAUGACAACGUCAAGCAGCGCGUCGCUGAUGUGAUUAUGUUCCGGACGUAUGCUGAAGUUGAUCCGUGUGAGGACCCGAUCUUGGUACUUUCGUGCUGCUCGAUGGUCUACACAAUGGAAACGCUGGAUGGCACGCUCCACAUGAGCGCGUUCUACGAUACCAAUGGGAACCCGCGUGGUCCCUUGCCUGGAGGAUACAUGGACAUGCCUCAAUGUCCGAAUUGCAGCAAACCGAUUCGUACCCUCCGUCGGUAUGGACGCGUGAUCAAGCGCGCGGCCAUUGACGCCGCAGACAAGAACUUCAUUUCUCACGCACAGCGUCAACUGAUCCGUUUGCAAGAGCGGACGAAUGCUGCUAUUGAACGUGGUGAUGUCGCGCAAGACAAGACGUUGCGGCACGACCUUCGUUCGUUUGGCGUUACGGUGAAGCGACCACCGUGCCAGAAAGUGUUUGAGGCUUGCGUCGCGCUGGUGACGAAAUGUAUGGGUGGCCAAGGAGGAGGGGACGUCGACAUUGACUUGAGUACUCUACCAGUACCCAACUCGUCGUUCCAGUAUCUGGGAUACUUUUAUAUGCUUUCUGCGCAGCUUUCGAUGGUGGGGCAUACCGCAUCGACGAGAGCUCGAGCGGAGCAAUUUGCUCGUCAAGCGGUGGACCUGUUCGCCGACGGAUCGUUCGAACUAUAUGCACGCGAAGCUCGGUUGCUGCUAGCACAGAUCCUGCUCGCAAGUGCCGAAGCCAAGUUGAACAAGAAAGUAGAGGCGCGAAAAGAGCGUGACGAGCGCAAGAAAGCAGUGGUGGACUCUGCUUCGGAAGCUCAUGCAUUGCUGGACGGUCUGACAGUGUCAGCAGGUGCAUCCUUUUCGUCCAAACACGGGAACGACGUUCAGCUGCUCAAAGAGAGAGCGAAGAGCAUUGUCCAACGAGCAUCGAAUGAGACGUAUUAUCAGAGCGUGUCUAUGGAAGAGAUGAAAUCGAUCAAGCUCGCGAUGCAGACGGAGUUCCGAGGCUCGGGUCACUGGUACCGCUGCAUCAACGGCCACUCGUACUCGAUUGGCGAGUGUGGGAUGGCGAUGGAGCAAACGAGCUGUCCAGAAUGUGGCGCACCUGUCGGCGGUGCCAACCAUACAUUUGUGGAAGGGACCGAGCGUGAUAACGAGAUGGAGCAGAUACGCUGA